AUGGCCAACGACACUCCCACCACUCUCGGUCUUUUGCCCAUCAUCGACUUUGAGGGUUUCGACCAGGGUAACACUGACAUUGGCAAGCAGUUCUUCGAAGCAUGCCGAGAUGUCGGCUUUGCGUACCUCACCAACACUGGCAUCGCCGACGGCGAUGUGAACACCAUCUUCGACUGGUCGCGCCGCUUCCACAGCCUUCCAGAUGAGGCCAAGGCCAAGUGCAAGAUCCUCCCGCGCACUGCCGAGACCCCCCGCUGCGGUGGUUACUCCGGCAUCGGCCAGGAGCAGGUUACACGCAUCCUCCGCGGCGAGGACAACCCCGACAAGAACAGCGGUGACAACAAGCAGUCCUUUGACGAUGCCGACGGAUCGUACCACUACCCGAACAAUUGGCCCGACGAGGAGGACCUCCCCGGCUUCCGCGCCGCUCUCCAGCACUGGUCGGAUCUCUGCUCCGCCGUUCGGAACAAGGCUCUGACAGCGCUCUCGAUCGGCAUGCCCGGCAUCGAUAAGGGCUUCUUCGACAGCUACCACUCGCACCAGGACAACUACCUGCGCCUGCUGCACUACCCGUCGCUGCCUUGGCCGGCUACCGAGUCGCCCGACAACACGCGCACCGGCGCGCACACCGACUUUGGCACCCUCACGCUGCUGUUCCAGGACAACGUUGGCGGCCUUGAAGUCGAGGACCCCAAGCGCCCCGGCGUCUUCGUCCCCGCGCCGCCCGUCACGCCAUCGACCUGCGUCUUCAACAUUGGCGACUUGCUGCAGCGCUGGUCUAACGACGGACUCCGCUCCACGACCCACCGCGUCGCUCCGCCCCGCCGUUCGGCAGACUCUGGACCCCUCCAGCCCGAGCGCUUCUCCCUCCCCUACUUCUGUGGCGCCGACGCCGAGGCCAUUGUCAAGGCUAUCCCUGGUACUUUCUCCGAGACCAACCCCGCAAAGUACCCGCCCAUCAGUGUGCGCGAAUACGUCGACAGGCAUGUGCUCGCCAUGUACGGCGCCGAGCCCACCAAGGCGUGA